AUGGCUACAACCACAGUCACUGGUCAUGGACGCCGGGCAUCCAUGCGACAAUCUGAACUACAAGCGCCAGCUAAUCCCUCCCCCCAACCGACCAGUAGUCCAGUCGAUGAAUUUCCCCCCUACGAAGAGACCAUUGACUCCGCCAUGGGGACUGCCCGCUCGAACCCAACCCCCUCCGUGAGAUAUGCAUCCAAUGAUCUGUGGGAGCCACGCAAGUCAACUUUUUACUCGAGAGAUCAUCCCAGUGGUUCUAUACGAAACCCCAAACAUCGGCCCCGGAAGAGCAUCAGCGAGGCCAUCACCACGAUUCGCGCUCGCAAUGGCAGUAUGAGUGCCAACGCGCAUGAGUUAGCCGAGGCCCUUCGCGCUCCAGUCUCAUAUCGCUUGAUUGGCCUCUGUAUGAUUUGGUACCUAACCUCCGCGCUCACCAACACGUCCUCAAAAUCUAUCUUGAAUGCCCUCCCAAUGCCCAUCACGUUGACUAUCAUCCAAUUUGCAUUUGUAUCAUUCUGGUGUUUCCUGCUUGUGUACCUGUCCACUGUGAUACCCUGGCUGCGACAAAGUGUGCCGAUUCUCAAGCACGGCAUCCGCUACCCCUCCCGCGACGUGAUAUCCACUGCGUUGCCACUUGCCGUCUUUCAGCUAGCUGGACAUAUUCUCAGCUCCAUGGCAACAUCUCAAAUACCCGUCUCAUUAGUUCAUACGAUCAAGGGCCUGUCACCUCUGUUCACCGUUCUAGCGUACCGAUUUCUGUUUCGCAUCCGAUACGCCCGGGCUACCUACCUGUCGCUGAUUCCUCUGACUCUUGGUGUCAUGCUUGCAUGCUCCACAGGGUUGUCAACCAAUUUCUUUGGCAUCUCCUGUGCCUUUCUGGCCGCGUUGGUCUUUGUGUCCCAAAACAUCUUUUCGAAGAAACUCUUUAACGAGGCGGACCGAGCUGAGUCCGAUGCUCAAAAUCCGGCACGGCGAAAGUUGGAUAAGCUGAAUUUGCUUUGCUAUUGCUCUGGCCUGGCAUUUUUCCUCACCUUGCCAAUCUGGUUUGUCAGUGAGGGCUAUCCUUUGGUGUCCGAUUUCAUUCAUGACGGUGUGAUUUCUCUGUCCGGUAAACAAGGGUCGCUAGACCAUGGGGAGCUGAUGCUUGAAUUCAUCUUCAACGGCGUCUCCCAUUUCGCUCAGAAUAUCCUGGCCUUCGUGCUUUUGUCAAUGGUGUCUCCCGUCUCCUAUUCAGUCGCCUCCUUAGUCAAACGGGUUUUCGUCAUUGUGGUCGCAAUCGUGUGGUUUGGAAGCACAACCACUUCCAUCCAGGCGGUUGGGAUUGGUCUCACCUUUGUGGGCCUUUACUUGUAUGAUCGCAACAGCCAUGAUGACGUGGCUGACAAACGCGCGAACGCAGACCACUUUCGCACCCGGGAAUCCAUUCUUCCCACGAAUAUCGGACACUCCAGCAAGCCGUGGGACUCAAAUGGCUAUGCUUUCCCCGGUCCACGAUCCUUUGAAUCCUUUGCAUCUAAUAAUGGCCAUGCCACCAACAUCUCCAAAAAGGAGGACGAUGGCCCUGGACGAGCUCGACCUCGAGGACCUAGCGUUUCCCGAACUUGGCUGCCGGGAACCAAACAAGAAUCAACAUGGCAAGUGAAUGAUUCUCCUGUAGCUACAUAG